AUGAGCGUUGAGUCAUGCACCAGCGCCAACAUCCGCUCAAAACGAGAUUUGAAACACCUUUGCGAAGUCGAAGACAUUGAGACCGGCGCAUCCAUACGAUGCACCUUCGCGUACAUCGAUGAUCACGAGAGAGCAUGGUUCGGUCAGACAACGGAGAUGAGAAAAUAUGAUCUGACUGUUGAGGAUCUGAAUCGACUCUUGCAACAAGUCCCCGACGAGAAGAUAUAUCCGCUGAAGACUACCAGUCUGUCCAUAGUACCAGAAGAAACCCGGAGCAAGUCCUACAUCAAGCGACCCAAGAUAUUGUGUCUGGAUAAUGAAGCGCAGACAAAGCUUCUGCCCCAGCUGCUACUCGGAGAAGCAGAGGUGUUACAUUUCCUCGAGGAGAAUCCCCAUCCGAACAUUAUCAGGUUCCAUGGUUGCACUGUCAAUCGCGGUCGUGUUACCGGUAUUGCUCUGGAUAAGUACAGUGUCAUUUUGCAAUACCGUCACGAGGAUGUCCCCCAGCCUCUCGAUGUAGAGGCUUGCAUGUGCGGUAUUCGUUCGGCUCUGAAACACCUUCAUUGUCUUGGACUCGCGCAUAACGAUCUCAAUCCCUCAAAUAUUGCUCUCGACACCAAUGACAACCCAAUUCUACUAGACUUUGGGUCUUGCAGAAGGUUCGGUCAAGUCCUUCUCACCGGAGGUACACCUGGCUGGAUAGAUGAGGAUUAUUCUACAUCAGCUCAAUGUCACGACGAGCUUGCUGUGGACAAGGUAGAGGCGUGGCUUCUGAGUAAGGCACAAGACCAACUGUAG